UCAAUGGUGCAGCUUUCCCAAGCCCCUCUCCGUCGCCCAUCAUCACUGUCAGGCCGGUCAGAGGAGGGGGAGGAUAAGAGCAUGAAGGCGGCCAAGCAGCAGGUGAACCCGUCUGGGGAGAGCCAACCUCCCUCCAGCCCCCUGCAGUCUGCGCUGAACUCGGCAGCCUCUCCUUCCCAGGCAUAUGAGACUUACAUUGAUAAUGGGCUUAUCUGCCUCAAACACAAGAUCAGGAACAUAGAGAAAAAGAAGCUCAAACUAGAAGACUACAAAGAUCGCCUGAAGAAGGGAGAAGCCCUUAAUCCAGACCAGUUGGAGGCAGUAGAGAAAUAUGAUGAAGUAGUACACAACUUGGAAUUUGCCAAGGAGCUUCAGAAGACUUUUUCAGGACUUAGCCAAGAUCUGCUGAAAGCACAGAGGAAGGCUCAGAGAAGAGAGAGUCUAUUGAAGCUUGAAGCAGAGAAGAAGAAACUGCGUACAAUACUUCAAGUCCAGUAUGUGCUGCAGAACUUCACUCAAGAGCAUGUUCAGAAAGAUUUCAAAGGUGGUGUGAAUGGUGCGAUAUACUUGCCUUCUAAAGAACUAGACUACCUCAUAAGAUUUGCAAAACUGUCGUGUCCAGAAAGAAAUGAGAACUUGAGUGUGGAAGACCAGAUGGAACAGUCAUCUCUCUACUUCUGGGACCUUCUAGAAGGAAGCGAGAAACCUGUGGUUGGAACAACAUAUAAACACAUGAAGGACCUGUUGUCCAAACUUCUAGACUCUGGCUACUUUGAAAGUAUUCCAACUCCUCGCACCACUGUGCCAGUAAAAGAACUGGAAGAAGAACUAAAUAGAAAAUCUGAGAGAGCAAGACAGAUGUCAAAAGGAGAGUCUGUCAAAGAACCAGAAUCCAUUAUGGAGCUUAUGAAGUCUGAAAUACAGCCACAGGAGUUUCUCAACAGGCGUUAUUUGCCUGAAGCAGAAUACUCUCUCAAGAAGAAGCCAGAAGAGGCCAAAUCUUGGGAAGCUGAGUGUGCUAGAAAGCAAGAACCUCCAAAGUCCUGGGAAAUGCUUGUUGAUACUGAAGAACAGGAAAAGAAGCAGAAACAAGAGACCUUAAAGCCUUGGGAAGCUCGUGUUAGGCAGCAAGAACAGAAAAGACCAGAUUCUCCAAAGCCUUGGGAAGCUCGUGUUAAAGAGGAGGAACAGAAGCAUGAGUCUACAAAGCCUUGGGAAACCCGUGUUGAGGAGGAAGAACAGAAGAAGCAAGAAGCUCCAAAGGCUUGGGUAGCACGUGUCCGAGAGGAGCAGGAGUCCCCCAAACCUUGGGUAGCAAAGGUUAGGGAAGAGCAGGACCAGAAGAAACAGGAAUCAUCUAAGCCAUGGGUAGCAAAAGUUAGGGAAGAGCAAGAACAGAGAAAGCAGGAGUCCCCGAAACCUUGGGUAACCAAAGUUAAGGAAGAACCAGAACAAAAGCAGGAAUCUCCAAAACCUUGGGUAACCCAAACUAGGGAGCAACCGGAACAAAAGAAGCCAGAGCCUGUGAAAUCAUGGGAAAUGCCUGUUAGGGAAGAGCCAGAGCAAAAGAAGCAGGAGCCUGUGAAGGCUUGGGCUGCACAUGUUAGGGAGGAGCCAGAACAAAAGAAGCAGGAGACUCGAGAGGCUUGGGAAAAAGCUGACAGGCAGCAGCAAGUGUCAUCACAGCAGUUACAGAACCCUCUGAAGUCCUGGGGAGCUGCAAGUGUUGGGCCAAAGGAGCAGAUGGGGCCAAAGAAGUUUGAUAUGGAACCCAAAGAAGUGCCUAAACCUGUACAUCAGCCAGCUGCAGAAUUUUGCUCUACUUCAACUCUUCCAAAAGAUCCAGUGUUGAGAAGGGAAAAACUUCAGGAUCUGAUGACGCAGAUACAAGGGACUUACAACUUCAUGCAAGAGUCCAUUCUGGAUUUUGAUAAAGCUUCACCAAGUGCCAUUGGUUCAUCCCAACCACCUUCAGUUACUCCAGCAAGUAGUCCUGUAGCUUCAAAAGAACAGAAACUGCCAAGUCAGAGUGAUUUUCUUCAACAGCCUCUUCAAGCUGCUGCUUCAUCCAUGACACUGCAUGGUUCAAAUACUUCCCUAGCAUCUGCUGAUCAGACUCUUUCUGGCUCUGAAACUGAAGACUUGGUGACUCCACAGGCAUCAGCAUCUCUUUCUCAAGAGACUGAGAAAUAUACUUCCCAGCCACUGUAUCAGACAAGUUCACGUAUUUCUGAGCCGCUGAUAUCUAAAAAGAUUGAAAUUGCCCAGGCAACUAUUCCCCUCCCAAGUGAGCCACAGUCACCGUUGCCUACUUCAAGCACCUCCAUGUCGCCAGUACCACCAGCGCAAAGCUUUCAGUCUCCUCCAGCAAGUAGCAGUUCUGUCACAAUAACAGCAGCUCCCUUUCAGGCUAUGCAGACUGUAUUUAAAGUGAAUGCACCACUGCCUCCGCGUAAAGACCAGGAAAUUAAAGAGGAUUCGUCAUAUUCAGCAGGCUACAACCAGAGUUUCUCUACAGCAAGUACACAGACUCCUCCUCAGUGCCAGUUGCAAUCUUCUCAUGUUGCAGAACAAACCUCUCUUUCACAAGAAUCUUUGUCUUCAGCAGUGAAUUAUCAACCUGAUGGAGCUGUGCCUGUUAGCAAUGGUAGCCUUGCCUUUUAUCCAGCACAGACUAAUGUUAUUCCCAGACCCCCUCAGCCUUACCUUAACAGUCGUGGGUCUGUCAGAGGAUCUGCUAGAGGUGGAAGGUCACUGGCUAAUUCAUAUCGUUCCCCUGGUGGGUACAAAGGUUUUGAUGCUUACAGAGGCUCACCUUCAAUAAGUAAUGGCAGCUAUGGCCAGCUGCAGUUCCCUGGUAGAGAUUAUGCUGGAAUGCCAUAUUCGCAGAGGGAUGUUAAUUACCAGCAGUGCUAUAAAAGAGGUGGGAUAACUAGUGGUCCUCGAGCAAAUUCAAGAGCAGGGUGGAGUGAUUCUUCUCAGGUGAGCAGCCCUGAACGAGACAAUGAAACCUUUAACAGUGGGGACUCUGGACAGGGAGACUCCCGCAGCAUCACCCCUGUUGAUAUGCCGGUGACGAGCCAAGCUGCCACCAUACUACCAGUGCAUGUCUAUCCCCUCCCGCAGCAGAUGAGAGUCGCCUUCUCUGCCGCUAGAACAUCUAACUUGGCCCCUGGAACUCUAGACCAGCCAAUUGUGUUUGAUCUCUUGCUGAACAACCUUGGAGAAACUUUUGAUAUCCAGCUUGGUAGGUUCAACUGUCCAGUAAAUGGUACAUACGUAUUCAUCUUCCACAUGCUGAAACUGGCUGUAAAUGUUCCCCUGUAUGUGAAUCUCAUGAAGAAUGAAGAGGUCCUAGUGUCAGCAUAUGCAAAUGAUGGGGCUCCUGAUCAUGAAACAGCUAGUAACCAUGCAGUCCUGCAGCUGUUCCAGGGAGAUCAGAUCUGGUUGCGUCUGCAUCGGGGAGCCAUCUAUGGAAGCAGCUGGAAAUACUCCACCUUUUCGGGAUACCUCCUUUAUCAGGACUAAAAUCCAGUGCGAUGUUUACAAAAGAGCUGCUCCAAACACCUUGGUGGAGGGGGGUGGGACUAGCUUUGCACUUACUACUGACUUUAUAGAAGAUACAUGGUUCCAUUAUUGGGGGAAAUGAUGGUCCUGUUGUGCAAGGUGAAAUCAUGGAGUUGGGGUACUGAA